CCUAAAGUCAAGACAUGUGGUCCAUCAGUCGUUCAGCCUGUUGUCUCUGGUACUGCCACAGAUUCAGCAAUGACACCUGCUGGAUUGAGAUCAUACCUCCUGAAGGACAGACGGUCUACUGAAGCUGCUGCAGUUAGCAGUACCAAUGUUGCUGGACAGACUACGUUAACCACUGAAGACGUCAAUCCUUUUGAGCAACAUGCACCUCCCAGCAUCACGAAAGCAGCACCACAGAGGAAGAGAUCAACCACGAAGCCUAGAAGUGGAGGUAGAAUAUCACCAGCGACUCGUGACUCCAGAGAACUCUUUCCUUCUGUGAAGGCUACCACUAUCAAAAUGGAUGAGGAUUGGGAAGAGCAGUGUGAAAAAUACCCCGAGGAGUUUACAUGUACACAAGAUGUGAAGAGACCUGUACAUUUUAGGCCUGUUGACCCUCCAAGAUAUUCAGAUGAAGACUUAGGCUCCCAGAACUCAUCAAGAAGCACCACUCCAGAAUUCUGGGACCAACCCUACAGGUCAAGGAAACUUUCACUGCCAACAAACUCAUCUAAUCCAAGACCAGGAAGCGGAUCCUUCAAAGGUAGAAGCAUAGCUGCAUCCCAGAAACAAGCAAGUGGACCUACGUCAGACAUCCAGACCAAGUCCCAGAGUUCCUCAAGGGGUUGUACUCCAACCGAGGACUUCGACAAGAUGGCAGCAUCAAUCUUAGGGAGCAGCACACAAGGAUUCAAGGACUUUGGGCAGAAAAGAAACAUGUCCUGCACAGGACUUGAUGAGAUUAAGGACUCUGGUUUCAAGAUGGAACCCAAACCCAACAAGCCUGACGCUAACUUCCUUGGGAGACUCUUGAGGAGCAAUGCCAAUAUCAAUGCAAAAUUGAAGAACGAGAAAAAAAAGAGCAAAGGAGGAGAGAAGCCUGAGCCGAAACAGGAACCUAGCCACGAUGACGAGGAUGACUGGCAGACGGUUAGUAUGAAGAAAAGAAAGAGAGAGCAAGCCCGGGGAGAACCAGCAGCAAGUAUGGCUCUGGUAACAGUCGCAUCGAAGGGGCCUUCCAAAGCACCUCGAAACAACUUUGAAAAACUUGUGGAGCAUCUCACAGGGCAUUUUCCUUUCUUAUCACGGCCAGAAGUGAUUGAGCUGGUAACCUCCAUACGUUCACAGCGAGGGGGCUUGACAGGGAUGAAGUUGAAUGACAUCGUCGAUGUAGGCAGAGGCAUUGUUCAUAAAAAAAUGAUGGCCAAACUUGAACAUGAAUCUGUACCGAAGGUAACAACAGCACCAGCACAGAAAGGCAGCAACAUCUACAACACACUUGAGUUUCAGAAAUAUUAUGAAACAACCAGGAAACAGCUUCCUCACAGACCGGCCAUCACGUCUCCUGGGGAUUCAGUGAAUGAUGAAGAUGUAUGUCCAAUAUGUUUUGAGGAUUUUUCUGUUGCCAAAAAGCAGAGAUUAGACUGUGGACAUGAGUUCCACAUACAGUGUAUCCGAGAGUGGGUGUUGGGCCAUGAAAGAACAUGUCCUACCUGCAGGAGAUACACGUUGUUCCAAGAGGAGUUCCCAAGACUGAAAUAAGGUGUCAGGAAGGCAGCAUCUGGCUCACAGUGAAUACGUUGUCAUGAAGCAGUAGCCACAGAUGUCACAACAAUGGCAUCAUGGGGUAGUGAUUCAUCACGUUACGGAGAGAAGGCGUAAUACUCAUCAUCAUCUUGAAAAUUGUUGAUGAACCAGACAUUCCAUAUAAUACAUCCUCCAUAAUAGCAUCUCAGGCAUAACAGAAAUCAUUACAUUAAGUAAUAUGUACAUCUGCUUAACGACGAUUUCAUAAACACUGGGGUAUUUUUAUGGCCUGUGCAUGCUAGAGGGUUUUUAACUAAAAUCAUUAUCCCUGUACUGAACCCUUUCAUUC